GAGCGUACUCGCUUUGCUCAUCCCUCCAAUAUUCAAUACCAAGUCUGCAGAAGAGAGAGAGAGAGAGAGCUCUGCAACUACAGAAGUAGCUUCCAAACAUUGAAAGACCCAAAUUGUCCCAAAUGGCCAUGGCCACUUCUCUCUACUACACACCUCCAAUUUCAGUCAAAACAUCCACGAACCCAAUCUCUCUCUCUCCUCCUCCUCCUUCACUCUUUCCUCGCACCCAUCUCACUCUCCUCUCAUCGCCUUCUCUAUCUCUCCGAGCAACACCCAGAUCAUCUCCGAUUACGGCAGCCUCCACCACUGCCGCCAUAGAAGUAGAGCCGCAAGCCACCGCCGCCACUCCUUCCAAGUCCCUGCCUUUCCGGGUCGGCCACGGCUUCGACCUCCACAGAUUGGAACCUGGGUACCCCCUCAUCAUCGGCGGCAUCGAUAUCCCUCACGAUAGAGGCUGCGAGGCUCACUCCGAUGGUGAUGUGUUGCUUCAUUGUGUUGUUGAUGCAAUUUUGGGAGCUUUAGGGCUUCCUGAUAUAGGACAGAUCUUCCCCGAUACUGAUCCUAAAUGGAAAGGGGCUGCAUCUUCUGUUUUCAUCAAAGAAGCUGUGAGGCUGAUGCAUGAGGCAGGUUAUGAGCUAGGAAACUUAGACGCCACUUUGAUUCUUCAGAGACCGAAGCUGAGUCCCCACAAGGAGGCUAUCCGUGCUAAUUUGUCUAAGCUGCUUGGUGCAGACCUCUCUGUUGUGAACCUGAAAGCAAAAACUCACGAGAAGGUCGACAGCCUUGGAGAAAAUAGGAGUAUUGCAGCACACACCGUGGUUCUUCUUAUGAGGAAGUGAAAGCAGGUUCUAUUUUCAAAAUGUAAUUCCACAGUGACAAAAUUUUAUUCUAUGAGAUCAUUGUAUAUUAUUACUUAUAGUUGACAAUUGAAAAACUGCAGUUGGUGGUUUAGUGCGCACAGCAAUCCUGCUCCCUGGUAUUCAUAGUUGGAAUAAAUUGUCCUUGCAGUUGGAAUUCACUGUCUUUUCACUUAAAACAA